CUCUCUCUCUCUCUCUUCGCCUCUGUAAUUCUCUCAUGGCCACUGUUCUCCGGACUCCAUUUUUUCAGGCGACUCCUCCUGCGAGUGUAUCCGCCGUAUCCUCCUCCAAAUCCAGCCUAAAGCCAUCGUCCCUAUCCUUUAGAACCUCGCACACUACCAUUUAUUGCAUCAAUAGUUCCUCCAUGCUUUCUCGCCCUCGUUCUCUCCGGUUCCCGAAGUUCGCGCGUUUUGCUUCUUCUGGUGAAACGGAAGUUAGCGAAAUCGAAGAAGAAGUUCGUGAAUCUGAGGCUGAGGACUCUUCUGUUAGUUAUUCUGGUGUGGAAGAUGCUGCAAGUGAUAAUGACAUAAGUGACGAUGCAGAAGUUGAUACAGAGGAUUUGCCUCAAUCAGUCAUCAUAUCAGCACUUGAAUCCUACAAACAAGCUUUAGCUGAUAACAACGGAGCUCAAAUAGUAGAAAUAGAAUCUUUUCUGAAAUCAAUUGAAGAUGAAAAACUUGCAGUUGAAAGGAAAUUGCAAUCCUUAACUGAAGAACUUACAAUAGAGAAGGAUCGAAUUUUGAGGAUCAGUGCCGACUUUGACAAUUUUCGGAAGAGAACAGAGAGGGAACGUCUUUCACUGGUAAAAAAUGCUCAAGGAGAAGUAGUAGAGACUUUAUUGGGUGUCCUGGAUAAUUUUGAGAGAGCUAGGGCACAGAUCAAGGUGGAGACAGAGGGAGAAGAGAAGAUCAAUCAGAGUUAUCAGAGCAUCUAUAAGCAGUUCACUGAGAUUUUGGCCUCAUUGGGUGUUGUCCCUGUUGAGACUGUUGGGAAGCCUUUUGACCCACUGCUUCAUGAAGCAAUUAUGAGGGAGGACUCCACAGAGUUCGAGGAAGGUAUCAUACUCGACGAAUUCCGUAAAGGAUUUCUGCUCGGUGAAAGACUCUUGCGGCCAUCAAUGGUGAAAGUCUCGGCUGGUCCUGGGCCUGAAAAGUCCGAUGAAGUAGCACCUACAGAAGAACAAGAUUCAAGUGAAAAGUCUGAGGGCUCCGAGUCGGAGUCUUCUUAAAACUCAGAAUCCUCUCGAAAACAAUCCAAUUUUGAACAUAGUUUGAAUCUUCUUGGUGCCUAAUUUAUUGUUGCUCUUGGCGAUCAGGCUUUUGCAGGCAGAGAAUUUUGAUAUUUGUUUUGAGGGAAUAGCUUUUCGACUCUGGAAAAUUGUUGUUUCUGGGAAGAUAAUUUUAGUGGAAUGUUGUAUUUGAUUUUAAACAUUGAUUCUCUUUCUAAAACUUUGUUGCUAUAACAUGUAAAAGAGAAUUUACCCAAGUCUAUUGCUAAGCAUGUAGGAUUUGGUUGAAUGUGCCUGAAUUUGAGGUCAAAAAUCAAAAUGGGUAUGGAAAGUUUCCUUUGUCGGACUAAGUUUAUUUGAAAA